UGCUCGGUGAAUCGGUGAGAGACUAGUCUGGCCUUGUCUCCGGUUUGUUGCGGUUCACUGCCGCGGCUGCUUUUGAACGCUGGUACUUGAACAGCACAAGGGGAGGUUUAUUUCUCCGGACUUAUCCGCAGGAGACAUAAACGCCGAGCUCCGGGCUAAGGAUGUCCACCGCACUGGAGAGCUACAUCAACCGCACCGUGGCCAUCGUCACGUCAGACGGCAGGAUGAUCGUGGGGACCCUCAAGGGCUUCGACCAGACCAUCAACCUGAUCCUGGACGAGAGUCACGAGCGCGUCUUCAGCUCCUCUCAGGGGGUAGAGCAGGUGGUGCUGGGACUCUACAUCGUCAGAGGAGACAACGUCGCCGUGAUCGGAGAGAUCGACGAGGAGACGGACUCCACGCUGGAUUUGGGAAACAUCAGAGCUGAGCCGCUCAACUCUGUUGUCCACUGACCGUUUAGUCUGCAGGACUCAGUUGUGUUCGUUUGCUAGAUUUAUGUGUUAUCAGUGGAAAGCCGUCUUCUUGCUCUGAUGUGCUAUGUUUGUGGGAUUUUUUUUAUAUAAAUAAAGAAAAUUUGUUCAUUUUCUGCAAUUAAA